ACCACCAUUUGCGACCAAAGCUAUGCACUCCUCAAUGAAGAAUCGAUAUCAAUGGUCCACAGAAUCAUAUCCUGCGAACUUUGUAUCUGCAAUUUUGUAGUUGUUCAAUUUCCUUUGACGUGGCCAGGUAGGAUAGGGUUAGUAUUAGAGUAAGAAUUUAGUAUAGCUUGAGAACCAAUCGGUAUAGCCUUCCGCUAUCCAAUCUGCCCAUGUGAGCUAAGCACUUGAUAUUAUGUCAAGCAAUGCAAUCCCAUUCCACAUUACCCUGGCUAACUAAUUGCAACUUAAUUGAAUGAUACAACUCAUAAGAGCUUGCGGGGAAAAUUGAAACAGUUCGGAAACUUUUGUCAUCACUCUGAAAUGACUGGAACUAGAGGGAUCAUUGCGAAACUUUGUACAAACUAAGGACCAAAGUGAAAUUAACCACAGCACAGAUCUACUCUUGUAGUUUCGUUGACCGUCUUUCCUUCUGCUUCAACUCGCCCAUGGCUUCCUCCUCUGGGAACCCCGACGUCGGCGCAGACAGGGCCAUGAACAUCCCCGGCAUCUUGACCUCCUUAUCAGUUCUGCACGGCCUUCUCGCCGAAGCUAAGCUUUCCAUCGCGCAGAACCCAUCAAAUGAUGGUCAUCCUGAAAUGGGCAAUCAGUGUGAGAAGCUAUGCAGGGAGCUCAACCAGAUCAAAUCCGCCUUCGCCAAGCUCGAUAGGCUUGGAGACGAAGUCGCCGUCGCGUUGACGAACUUGGAGAAAAACGUCGGCGAGGUGUUUCGAGCCAUCCAGGAAGCCUCCGGUGAUGGGUCAUUCGACCGAGUCCAGCCCAAGCUACGAACCGUCACCAAGAACGUCCUCAGGUUGAGAAUUCAGCUUCCUUCCUUCCCCGUCGUCGAAUUUAAAGAUCCGUUUGCUGAUCGAAAUGCGGAGAUAGGCGAUAGGUUUUGCGUCCAUAAUGAAAUAUCCGCUCUGUACAUGGCAGAGAAGUAUGAGUAUUGCUCCGUGUUUGGAGAAGUCUUCGAGGGCCUUGAUGACUUAGAGAGGAGGCUCCUGCUGUUCUUCGCAGUGUUUCCCGUGGGUUCGGUGGUGAAGAAGAGAGUCCUGAAGAAUUGGUGGGAUGGAGAAGGUUUGUUGGAGCUUUCUGCAGAAAAGACGGCAGAAGGUAUACUAGAGGAAAUGAUGGGCAGGUGUUUGGUCGAGGCCGUGAGGGAAGGCCGGAGGUUGGUCGGUUUCAAGAUGCGCCCCUUCGUGCACUUUGCGGUGGUUGCUCGGGCGUUGGAAGAGGGAUUCUUCGCUUUCGAUUCUAAGGGUAAUCCCACUGUUGAGCUCUUGAGGUCGAGUAGGGGAUGUUUGGUAAAGACUGAAGAAGGGUCUUCUUCCUUGGAUAAACUCGAGGAUGAUCUAGGUUCUGCGCUUGGAUUUCAGACUCUGUUCAAUGUAAGCGAGCCCUAUCCCGACUUCAAGUUGGACUUUUUCUUGAAGUUGAAGCGCCUCAAAGUUCUCAGCUUGGGGAAAUGGCAGAGCUCCAGCGGUCACCACAUCGAGGUGGAUAAUACGGAGUUCUUGAAAGGGCUUAAAAGUAUGAGAGAUUUGAGGCUGUUUAGCCUCAGGGGCAUCUCGAGAGUUUCCGAGCUACCUGAUGCUGUAUGCAAGCUUGGGAACUUGAGGAUACUGGACUUGAACGCGUGCCACAACCUCGAGGCACUGCCAGAUGGUAUCGGCUCGCUCAAGAAGCUGAUUUACUUGGAUAUUUCAGAGUGUUACUUGCUGGACUGUAUGCCCAAGGAACUGGCUUUACUCACCGAGCUACAGGUCCUUAAAGGUUUUCUAAUCGUUGAAACUACAUUUAGGGAGUCCUGCAGUUUCACGGAUUUGGCCGGACUAAAGAAGCUGAAGAAAUUGAGUGUUUAUGCUAACAGAAACGAUUUCCCGAGAGCUGAUGAGCUUGGCAUUUUUCAGAAAUUUGAACGGUUGAGGAAGCUAUCUAUAUCUUGGGGAGGCAGGGCCAUAUUAAAAAAGACGGAGAGCCAAUCUGCGGUAGAUUCUAAUACUACUGCUGUUGUCGAUCCAAAGGAAGCCGCUGUAGUGGUCGAAAAUGAGAAAAAUGUCGCUCUUAAUAUAAAACAUGAUCAAGAGGACCAUGUAAGCGCUGCAGAACGCAAUUCAUGGGAUAGCACAAAGGAACGAAGUGUCGGGGAUGUGGUUGCAGGCGAUGAAGGUUUGAAGAGAGCAAGAGAGAGUGCUGAUGCUGGAGAAAUUAUAGAAGAAAGUUGUGCGACAACUGGAGGAAGCUCCAGAACGUUGGUCGGCAAAUAUAAACCUACGGAGAGAAUGGACGGUUCUGCGGAACUAGGUGCAGGAAACUGUUCGAGGUCAUUCAGUGGUCAAGAUGGUGACGAGCAGCAAAAUGUCACAACAGAGGCAGAGGAUACGACAACUCAAGUUGGUGCAGGACAUGAACCCGAGCAAGGGCGUAGGAUGGACAAAUCAAGGAAAGCAAAAGUCUUAGACACACGCAUCCGGAAAAUUUUGUCUAAACUACCAACGGUUAAGCAGCAAAAUGAAGCAGAUCCAACAUCUGGGGAGGUCUUUAAAGCUCUAGAGAAAUUGGAUCUCCAAUGUUACCCCAACGAGAGCAGUCCUGAUUGGCUGAAGCCUGGAAACAUGAAGAGCUUGAUAAAGUUGUACAUUCGAGGAGGGAAACUCCAUGAUUUCGGUGAAACUCAGAAUGAUGAUUCUUGGUCUGUGGAGAUACUACGACUGAAGUUCUUAGAUGAGCUGGAAAUGAACUGGGACGAUGUGCAAGCUUUGUUUCCUAAGUUGAUCUACUUGGAGAAAUUCGAGUGCAAGAAUCUCACGACCUUUCUGGGUGAUCUGAAUGGAGUGUGGGUGAAGAGAUCAUAGGGAACUCAACAUUUCGCAGUGUAGCCAAGAACUAAUUUAAAUUCAUAUCUAGCUCAGUUUUAUGUUUCUCAAUUCCAUUGGCUGCUAUACUUUA